CCAGUGAAAAGCUGUCGGACGUAGAUUUGCCACCCACUAAGAAACCCAAGAAUGAGGGUCCCAAGAAUGUGUUACCUCCUUGCAAAAAUGCGCACCAACAAAAAAACUUAGACUUUAGUGACAGUGAAAGGAAAAUGAUAGGGCAUCUUCUAAAAAGGAUCUUUCUAAAAGCAAGAUUGGAGCUGAUAGCAAGGCAAGUACUGAUAUUCGUUCUAAAAAAAGUGGUUGUUGCAAUUCUUCUAAAGACCCCGAAAUAUUUAUGUGUCUGUGAAAAGCUGAUAGCGGAAGAGUUUGAUGUGUCUGUAAUGGAAAAGGAGAAUGUCGAUGGAGUAGGUACCGGUAGCGAAUCAUCGGACGAUGUUCGCCAAGCCACCCCUAGACCGCAUGCAGAGAGGCCUACUAUUUCUACCACAUACAGAAGAAUGGUUGGUGAAAUUUUAUCAAUGAAGUCAAAAGGCGAUGAGUCGUUGAGGUGUACACUUUUAUACAAGGGACAAAGACUGACGUUGUCUGGUGAGAUGCUGCAUGAUUCUUUUAAAAUUAACGGGACAAUUGUGGAUUAUGUCAUGGAUGCGUAUGGGAAAUUUUUAAAUCACAUUAGUCAUCUUGCUCCUGUAGCUGCAAGGCAUUCGUACAUUAUGCUAGCAACUUACCUGGUGCUUAUUCUUUAACACAUAGUAACAUGUUAAAUAAUAUAUUAGUAUCAAAUAUUUUGUUUUCAAAUAUUUGUAUGAAAUAUAAACCUCUGCCAUGUUUUUCAUGCAACGUGAGGCUAUUAAGAAACUAACAGCAAAUGAGGAUGUUGCGGGCAUGGUGAAUGAACAUGUUGCUGGCAUUGAGACAGAUACUUCAUUUGGUGACAGUUUGGAGGACUAUAAAAGGGUUGGUAUUGAAAUUACCUACAAAUUAACACCUUUGUUUUUGGAGUUGAUUUUGUUGUGUUAUGUUUUUUUUAUUUAUGUUCAGGAAAACAAUUAUGUACUAAUUUCACUGUAAAAUUGGAGAUAUUCCGUCCAGUAUUUUUUGAGGGCAGAUGGACGUUAUACAUAAUAAGUUUGAAGAAAGCAAGAAUCUAUGUGUUUGCCACCAAAUAUGCAUAUCCCCACAAUUAUCACAGUAAAAUGUUUCCCUAUGUGGUACAUUAUGCAGAAAGGGUAUUGUCGGUGUUUUUUUAUAACGACCAGCCACAGUUAACAUCCUUUGGAGUUAAAAAUGUCAAAGAUAUUCCCAUGGAAAAAAAAUCUCAGGACUCGGGAAUGUUAUGCAUGCUAUUUUUGUACAACCUAAUGACUGCCAACUCCUGGAUGCAUGCAUAUGACGGUGAUGAAGAGCGCUAUAGAUUGAAGUUGUGCUCUGACAUUCUAAUGGACGAUAUGAACGAGAUCCGUUAUUCUGUGUGGGAAAUGGUCAAGGGUGUUUGAUUUGAAGGACAUAAUAGGAAAUUCAUACCUACUAUGAAAUCCAAAUUUGUGUUUGAUGUAACUAUUUGAAGUGAUCGUAAAUAGUUAUCUAAAUUUAUUCAUUAUGUGUGGAAAUAAAUGUAUAUAGGAUGAAUUUUAUAUCUAAAGUAGCAACUUAAUGCAGAACAAA